AUGUGCGAAGGAGACGAUGCAAGAGAACGACUGACGACCUCUGACGCUUCUGAUAAAAAAAAUCGAAGUACCGCUCCACCCAAUCUCCGUCUGCCUCCAUCACCCCUUCCUAAAACCCUGGCUGAGCUGGCCGAUAAUAAAAGCCGGUCAUCUUCUACUGGCGAUCUUGUGGACUCGACGUGCUCCAAGCCCGCUUCGCCAAACAUCGGAAAACCUCCAACUUUCGAAAAGAAGCCCACCACCACCACCGCCAAACUCCCGCCAGCCGGCGACGAUGACUACGACGACUUUGCUGUGGCCGAGGAGUCACUUAUGCACCAGCAGAAGAGGCCCCUGCAGAUUCCCUCGUCUGCAGGCGCCAGUAUUUCUGUCGUCGGUGGUGACUACGCGAACCAGGACCAACUUGAAGCUGCUCGCAAGCAAGCCGAGGCAGGAGUCUUCGUGGAGGCCCGAAGCACACGCGAGUCGGUCGGUUCUGAUUACGAGGAGCCAAUUAUCCCUCCACAGCGAACCGCUAUUCCUGCUCAACAACUCACACUCGAAGACUUCCGCUUCGUAGCGGUCCUCGGUCGUGGUCAUUUCGGCAAGGUGUUGUUGGCAGAGUCUCGCAAAACAAAGAAGUACUAUGCCCUGAAGACCCUGAAGAAGGCUGAAAUUCUCUUCCGCAACGAAAUCGACAGUCUCACCUCCGAAAAGCGAAUUUUCCAGACCAUCACCGAGGCUCGACAUCCCUUCCUUGUCAACCUCGUGGCGUGUUUUCAGUCUCCGGAACAUGUGGUGUUUGUGAUGGACUAUGCUCCCGGUGGCGAUCUGAUGUUGCACAUUCAGGAGAGCGUCUUCAGUGAAUACCGGGCUGCCUUCUACGCGGGCUGCGUUGUCCUCGGCCUGGAAUUCCUCCACUCCAAGCAAAUCAUCUACAGGGAUCUAAAGUUGGAUAACCUGCUCAUGGACACGGAGGGCUACGUGAAGCUGGCUGACUUCGGUCUCUGCAAGGAGGGCAUGGGACCUGAAGACAAGACUUCAACGUUCUGUGGCACUCCCGAAUUUCUGGCACCCGAAGUUCUCACCGAACCCUCCUACACCCGGGCCGUCGAUUGGUGGGGUCUGGGGGUUCUUAUCUACGAAAUGCUUGUUGGUGAGUGUCCUUUCCCUGGCAACUCUGAGGACGAGAUUUUCGAGAGCAUCACCAACCGCGAUGUGAGGUAUCCGGUUCGACUGGGAAUGGAGGCCACUCUGAUCAUGCGACGUCUUUUGCGACGGAAUGUCGCGCUUCGUCUCGGCGCCUCAGCCAAGGACGCCGCCGAAGUGAAGGAGCAGCUGUUCUUCAAGUGCAUAAACUUCGAGGACCUCCUCCAACGCAAAGUCAAGCCUCCUUUUGUCCCGAAAAUCUCGGCUGCAGAGGACGUGUCCAACUUUGACGAGGAGUUCACCCGGGAGCGUCCCUGCCUCACGCCUGCACGCGAUAGGUCGCCUCUCUCGAGCAGAGACCAGAGCUUCUUCGGCGGCUUCGAUUACUUCCCUGACGUCUGUUUCCCCACAAUGGUUGUGAAUGCGGUCUCAACGCCCCAAAUGGUCGAACCCUCGUUGCUGCUCUCCUUGCUCAAAUCGCAGACCGCCUUUUGGCACCCCUCCCCACACCCACUGUUCCCCCGUCCUAUUUUUAUACCCGUUUCUAUUGCGAACCAUGGUGAGGCGACCCCGCAUACCCCCGUCUCCCCUCGUUUCCAGACUUAG